AUCACCGAGCGCCCAGCUGACUGGGCUGCGUGAGAAGACGCGAUGCUCAGCAGGCUCCAGGAGCUGCGCAAGGAGGAGGAGACCCUGCUCCGGUUGAAGGCGGCACUGCACGACCAGUUGAAUCGGCUCAAGGUUGAAGAACUGGCCCUCCAAUCAAUGAUUAGUUCUAGAAGAGGGGAUGAGUUGCUGUCUUCUCAAGCUGCUCAAGAACAGCCACAUGAUAUGUUGGUGCAUGUAGACAAUGAAGCAUCAAUCAACCAAACUGCACUGGAGUUGGGCACAAGGAGCCAUGUGACAGAAGAGGAGGAGGAGGAAGAGGAAGAAGAAUCAUCAGAUUCCUGAAGUGGGGAAAGAGCCAGGAUAAGUUGUACAAAUUAAAUUUCCAAGUCUCUGAAACUUUCUUGCAAAAAUUCUUGCAAUGGGCCCUCUAUGGUCUGCUUUAAAGAGAAGCAAGAACUUUAGAAGGAUGUGUACUUGUAAAAAUGGUACCAUCAAUAAUUCAAGUUUCAGAAUGCUUUAACAAAAAUUAGUAACACAUAGAAAAGCAAAGAUGCAAUGUCUUAGCAUUGAGCAAUAUGGGUGGUGCUGUGUCUGUAUUCUGCUCAGAUCCAGUAAUUGUAUUCAAAACAGAAGAUUUCCUCUGAAGUGCUAUUGAGAAAGUCUGACAUUUGCCAAAAGGGCAGAGUGUAAGUACAAGCCAGCCUUUGCAAUCAACAAUGCCUCUUGUAAGCAAACCAAUUUAAGGCUGUUUGCAUACCCUUUAAUCCUUGUAAGCAUAGACAAAGUCUAGGAAAGAAAGAUGACAGGAGGACAGAAGGUCACUUGAGAGCACAAGCUGACAUCUCUCAAUGACGUUCUAAAACACUGCCCACUACAGACUGUUUCAUGUGGCUGUCAUCACAUCUGGGUUGCAACAUCACUGAUAACGUGCUUAGAAAUGAAUUAGAUGAGUAGCCAUCAUGCAGCUGCUGGUUUCCAGAUAGCAACAAGGAAACAGAUCAGUUCCUCACCUGGGGAAAACAGUGCAGCAGGAUGGUUUAAGACCCACUUCUGGACUUAGAAGGAAAUGUGUCAUUAAUGAAGGAAUCACUAUGCUUGGGAGACUGGAUUUUUAUAAUAAAGAGAUGAUAGUUACAGAAUAA